AUGCCGUUUCGAGCUGGUGGUUCUGGCGAGCUGGCUCUUCUUGCUAAGUUGGCUUGUCUUGACGGGAUGUCUUCUCUCUACGAGCUGACUUGUAUCGAUGAGCGGACUUGUCCUGACGAGCUGAAUUGUCUUGACGAGCUGACUUGUCUUGACGAGCUGACUUGUCUUGUCCUUUCUCCAGGUCUCCCAAAAAAAAUGUCCUUUCCCGAGACUUUCUAUUCCUUAUUUAUACCCGUCCGUGUAGUAGGGUACGCAAGGUGA